AUGGUGGCAAGGGAGAGGAUGGCAGCACACACUGCGCAAUGUCCAAAGCACAAACUCCCUUGUCAGCAAUGCGGUAAAAAAAUAACAAGGGAAUCUUUCGAGGAGCAUACUGCUUCCCUUUGCUCAAAUAAGAGAGUACUAUGCCCACUAAGCUGCGGAACAAGCCUUCCACGGUAAGAUAUUGUCGGUUUAAUUAAGAAAUCAACAGUCAAAUGGUUAUUUAAGGCCAACAAAAUAUCCAAAAGUUUCCCCAGCCAGCUUAUCCCCGGUCCUUAUUUUGAUUAUUUUGCAGGCUCCACUUAACACUGCAUUUAAGCGAGUGCUCAGAAAGAGCGGUCCGCUGUGCGGUUACUGGCUGCACUGCCAUAAUAAAGCAGAAGAACAUGCCACAGCACUAG